AUGCCUGGAUAUACCAACAACAAUGCUUCGCAACGUCCAGGUCGAAGUGCACCUGUGAGAGGGGUCGCUUCGCAGCAAGCUUCUACGUCUUUGACUUCCAACAUCGCCAACGAAGGCACUACUUCGUCUUCGUUGCCUCAACCAUCCAUUCAUCGCGCUCAGCAGCAGCAACAACAGCAACAACAGCCGCAGCAGUAUACCUUCCCGUCUUCUUCCACCACGAAUCAUCCGAUGGGCUGGGAUCGAACCCACAGUAGUGGUGUCCCUGCUUCCGCUGUGGCUGUACCCAUCUUUCGUGCUGCUCAUGCCAACAACAUCUCCAGCGCAGCCUCGCACGUUGCACCUCGCCAUGCCAACGCUGCGCACCUUCCCGACUCUCCACCCGAUACCCCGCCGCACUCACCCGGCCUUGCACCCGUCCGUUUACCUGCACUCGUCGAACCACGCCCGCUGUCCCAGCAGCGUGUCUCGCCUCCCAGGCAGCCCAUUUCUUACGAGCGAUCAUUCACCCACACCAUUACGCGCGACGCAGGUGUCUCGGUCGACGUCAUCUACACUGGUCAGACACCUUGUGACAGUGAGCUCGAAGACGAUGCUGAGUCUGACUUUUCAGAUGAUGCAUCGCAAGCAACGCUCGACCAGCUCACCCAGGCUGCUCAGACGCUUCUCCUUCACUCCGACUUUUCAAGCAGCAAGUCGCAGCAGCAGCAACACUCUCGCUCGCACGAAGCUGCCGACUCGAGCAUCUCCAUUGCACACCGCAACGCACUGCCCAUAGAGCUCAUGCCCGUCACCCCCGAGAUCUCUCCCGACAACGAUGUUCGUCAUCACGCACAAAAGUCAGCCCACUCUUUCCUCGACCGUAUUUUUGUUGGUGUACUUCGCAAUCUUUCCGUCGAAGACGCUGGUGUUGAACUUGUCAGUCCUGGUUGGAGCGGUGCUGUCAUCAAAUCUGGUCCUGCAGGUCCCGCUUGCGCCUCCAGCUCCUUCUCGUCCACUUGCAGCAGUGAUAGCUCAGCAGAAACGCAACGUACGCUUUACGUCAGUAUGCCUGCUGUUGUUGACGCGAGCUUGUUGCGUGAACAGGUGCUUGCUGUGUUGGAUGCGGCGAGUGAGAAGUUGGGCUGUGAGUCGGUCAUGGUUUGUUUGGAUAGAGCUAUGCGUGAUUUCGCAUCGGUCUUGCAUGGGUUGUGCUAUGUGGGUGGAGCGAUGGUUGCCUCUGCCCGCGACAAGAAGGAGGAAGUAGGUGGUGGACAGAACAAGUUGCCCGAUGUUGAUCCCGUUUCUGGAUUGCAGUUGAGGGAAGGGCUUGUUCUGGUUGCUAUCGAGCUUUAA